AUGGUCACCGCUCUGUGGGCCACGUUAAUAUCGCUCACGUUAGCCGGUCGUGUUUCGGUCUCUGCCAGCGAUCUCUUCAGCCUGCCACCUGCCACCAAUCACAGCGAGGAGCUGCUGGAGGAUUAUGGAAGAUUCUUGCUGUCUGCCAUGAACAGGAGCAUCGAUCCCUGCGAGAACUUUUAUGAGUUUAGCUGCGGCGGCUGGAAGAAGGCCGAAUUAGUGCCGGAACAGGCCAGGAAUACAAGCUUUCUCCAUGCCAUUCAGCACAAAAUCGAUGAGAGGGUACUGGAUUUUCUACAAAAUGCCACCAAAAGGGAGCUGGAAGACCUGGGUGUGAAUGGCACCAGAUCGGCGGAGGUUAAAGCCAAACAAUUCUAUGCCAGCUGUGUGGAGGUCAAGGCCAACCUGUCGCUGGGCUAUCAGUUCUUUCAGGAUCUAGACGAGGAUCGUCUCAAGGAGAGCAAUGCCACGUUUGAUUGGUUGUACAUCAAUUUCAUGUCCAAGUACGACAUUUAUCCCUUGCUGCCUUUGAAAGUUCACUACAGCACUUCCUCGAGGAAGUUUGAUGUUCUUUUGACACCUCCCAGUAAGGUCUUGGCUAGCUUAAGCGAAGAGCAGCUUAAAAACAUGACCAGAGAGUUUGGCUUGGACUCGAGUGCAGAGAAAACUAAACUGUUUUUGGAGCACUUUAAGAACCUGACCGAAUUUGAAAGAAACUUAACUUCCAUAACCAAACCACGAAAUGAAACGGAACAGUUGAAUCUAAAGGAUUUCCUGGCCAAACACAAGCACGAUCGCCUGAACUGGACUCGGUUCUUUGAUCUUGCCUUCAAUGGCAGCCAGGAAUUGCAUUGGCCUGUGCUCAAUCAGCUGGAUAAUGUCAAUGAUUUGGUUUAUUUUCUAGAGGAAACUCAUCUGGAAACUCUAAAAAGUUAUGUAAAGAUGCGGGAACUGCUCAAGUUUUAUGGCCUGUGGAAAACGCAAACCAAAACCGGGGGAGUGCCCAGCGAGUGUCGCUCUUUGACGGAGACGUACUUCAACUACGCUCUACUACCUUGGUUUAUCGGCAAGGUAUUCGACAAAGAACGACGUGCUGAUAUACUAAGUGUGGCUAAAGACAUCAAGGACACGUUCUACGAUCUCCUGGAGCACUACACCUGGCUGGAUGACGAGACCCGUUCACAGGCCAAGACCAAGCUAGCUUCUAUGGACGUUCUAGUGGGUUAUACGGAUGAUCUGCAGCAUCGUGAGGUGAUCGAUCAGGUGUACAACGAUAUCAAUAUGACAGGAAAUUGGUACGAAAACCUGUGCAUCCUGGAGGGAAGUCGAGCCCGGAUACGACUGCGUUCGGUGGACAAGGCCUUGAUUCCCCUGCUGAUGCCUACGAGGACAGUGAAUGCCUACUAUGCGGACUUUCUCAACCUGGCCUUCAUCACCAUCGGCAUGGCCCAGUGGCCCUUCUAUCAUUUGGACUUUCCCGAUGUCCUGAAGUACGCCGGCGUGGGUAAUAUCAUAGGCCAUGAGAUGGCCCAUGGCUUCGAUUCCUAUUGCUACCAGUACAACUACGAUGGCAAGAAGAUCAACUGGUGGUCCUCGGCCUCGCUGAGAAACUUCAAGGAACGGUAUCGCUGCCUGGAAUCGCAGUACAACAAGUUCAUUCUUAUGGGCGUCCAGACGAAUGGCACUCUCACCUCCGGUGAUAAUAUAGCGGAUAAUGUGGGCACCCGGAUGGCGUACUAUGCCUACAAGAGGAAGUCGGGCGACAAGACCUGGUCGGAGAAACCCCUGAGGGGUGUGAACUUCACCAACAAGCAGUUGUUCUUCGUGAAGUUUGCCCAGACCUGGUGCAAUGGCAAGGACAGUGGCGAGAAGAUCCGGCGACUGAAGACCGAUGUUCAUGCCUACGAUGAGUUUCGGGUCCAGGGAACGCUCAGUAAUAUGCCAGAGUUUAGUGAGGCUUUCAACUGUAAGCUGGGCACGGAAAUGAAUCCUUUAAAGAAGUGUGUGGUUUGGUGA